AUGCAUGAAACCAUUGAGGCCUCCCCAUUAUCAGAAGCUGACCCUGCAGGCAAUUUUAACAUUCCAGCAGUCCUGAACACUUUAUCUGGAGGCGUUGUUCCUAAAAAAGUGGAAGGUCAAUUUCGUCUCAUUCAUGACCUUUCCUUCCCGGAAGAUAACUCAGUUAAUUCACAAAUCCCUCCAAAGAAUAGUCAGGUUUCUUAUGACUCCAUAGACAAUAUAAUUUCACUAGUGAGACAAUUUGGCUCUGCAGCCCUAAUGGCUAAAUGUGAUAUUGAAGAUGGUUUUCACAAUAUCCCUAUCCAUCCGGAAGAUUACCAUUUACUGGGAUUUAAAUGGGAAAAUUUCUUUUACUAUGACAAAUGCCUCCCUAUGGGAGCAAGUAGUUCCUGUAAAAUUUUUGAAACGCUUAUCACUGCAUUACAGUGGAUCAUGCUCAACAAAUUCUCAGCCAAAGGUAUGUCCCAUAUGAUUGAAGAUUUUUUCUUCAUAGGUCCCCCUGCAUCCGAUAGCUGCCUAACAGACUUGAACAAUUUUAUAUCCCUUUGUGACAAAAUUGGAAUCCCUUUAAAUCCCAACAAAACCUGUCUCCCCAACACGAACAUCAUCAUAUAUGGUAUUGAGGUGGAUUCCAUUGCUAUGGAAUGUUGUUUACCAGACGACAAAAUAUCAAAAAUUGAAGCUCAGUUAUCCAGUUUUUCCAUGCGGAAAAAGAUCACUCUCCAUGAAUUACAAUCCCUCAUUGGGUUGCUAAAUUUUGCUUGCUCAGUGAUAUCUCCAGGGCGUGCUUUCUUGCGUAGGCUUAUUGACAUGUCCUGUAAAGUUUCCAAUCCUAGACAUUUUAUACGCCUUACAUGUGAAGCCCGAGCUGAUAUACAAUUCUGGUUGCAGUUCAUUUCACACUUUAACGGCAAGUCAGUUUUUCUCAGUGACGUUUGGUCCUCUUCUGACCAUCUCACCCUUUACACUGAUGCUGCAUCUACACAAGUUUUUGCUGCAAUUUUAGGAGCAGUUUGGUUUGCAGCGAAAUGGCCUGAUGAAUUCAAACAAUUGCACAUUACAAUCUUAGAACUCUUUCCAAUUGUACUGGCUAUGGAGAUGUGGGGUUCCCAAUUUCAAAACCAUAAGAUUUUGUUUCUUACUGACAAUGAAGCCGUGGUUGCCAUUAUCAACAAAACUUCAAGCAAAGACAAGACUGUUAUGAAGUUAGUCAGGCGUCUAGUGCUUAUUUGCUUACAGAAUAACAUCCUCUUUAAAGCCAAAUAA